AUGGCUUCGUCGGCGACGAGAUCCGGCCUACGGUCGCUGGCGGCGCGCGCCGCCCCGUUGAGGCGCCGCAUGUCCUCCUCCGUCCACGACGACGCCUAUGAGACGGCCAAGUGGGAGAAGAUCACCUACGCCGGGAUCGUGACCUGCACCCUCCUGGCGGCGUACAACCUCUCGAAGGGCCACCCCCACUUCGAGGAGCCGCCGGCGUUCCCCUAUCUGCACAUCCGCAACAAGGAGUUCCCCUGGGGUCCCGAUGGCUUGUUUGAGAAGAAGGACCACCAUUGA